CAUCGUGCGGUCAAUGACCAACCAGAUAAGGCUCGUUGUGCCGAAAAAAGGGAUGGUUUAUACAAAUGGAAUUGGUUCCAAUGGAACUGUGAUCGGGUUAGACACCCGAACUGCGGUUGGCCAUUGAAUAGCACUGCAGUGCACUAUAUCGAGGCUAGAGAGGAACGCAGUACCAGUUUUACCAAUAGAAGCGCACGAUCAGUCUAAUGUUUCCGCGUCGUGCACCAGAGACUCUCGUUUGACACUUCAUCGUUCCGGAUCGAGUUGAACUGGUCGCGUACCAGUUUAAUUGCUCCGAAAAAAGUAUGUUACUCUCACUUUUAGGUCUCUAAACAAAUCAAAUUCAACCCAACAGAGUCGUUCGGCGGCAGUGAAACAUAGUCGAUGAAAAAAACAAAAGAUUUCUGUCUUCCGCCUCGCACCCGCCGUUCCGACGAUUGCAAAUUCGAGACAGAGUCUACAUUGUUGAAUGAACGAUGAUUAAAUUAAAUAGUGAGACAUAAUUGAAUGAUGAUCAACGAAUGCCCUCUUGCCCUAGUCAAACAUUUAAAAUACUAGAAAAGUUCGAAGUCUUGUCUAAUGUGAUUUGCAUAGUUGAAAACGAACAAAUUCAAUGAAACAACAAGCAAAUACAAAUAAAAUCUAGAAAAAAACAGCGAGACAUCCAAUAAUCACACCAACAUACUGAAUUGUACUCCUCUGAAGGAGUCGAUCGAAAAUGGAGCGAUAUUAAUCUGCGAUCCGUUUUGCUUUCCCUUUUUUCUCUUUCUUUGUACCCUUUUCACCUGCGUCGAACACGGAUUGAGCAGAUAUGAUGCCCGCGGUGCGUUACACGAUCUCACUCCGUACGAACCACCGCCCGGAGGUUACCAGGAUCGAUUGGAGGGUCUUACGCCGGCGGAGCAGAAAGCGGAACGCCUGUGUGAAAACGAACGCUACUACAGUCUAUUCAAAAAUGAGGUAGAGGAGGAGAUGUAUCAGGAAGAAACUUUGAAACGAGAGACGAGGCUCGGUAACCAGAUAGCCUUCAACUACGAUGCACCACCGGCUGAAGCUGCCACCGUGGCGACGGUCGAGGAACGUUCGGCCAGCGAUCAGGAAGACGAUCCGUACGUACUGCCAGCCAACUUCGAAGUACCAUCCGACAUUCCUCUUCCGGAAACGAUGAAAGAGCACGCGAUUAUCGAGAAAACGGCCAAGUUCAUCGCGUCGCAGGACGUCCAAAUGGAGAUUCUGCUGAAAACAAAACAGUCCAACAAUCCUCAGUUUAAUUUCCUCAACCAAAGUAGCCAUCUGUUUCGCUACUAUCGGCAUGUUCUGUUGGCAUUCCGAACCAAUCAAUAUCCGUGCACUGUCGAGCAGCAGGAUGAGACGGAAAGACAGAGUGCAGAAGUAGCACCGGGGGACGGUGACAUCGAACGAGAUGGUGAAGUGGCUGGUGUUAGACCGGUGAUCGUUGUCCCGACAAUUAAGUACAAACCUUCGGUCGACUGUGCGUACACACAGCUGAUCAGUAAAAUCACAGGCACACCCAUACCGACAAUGUCGGAGAAUCCUGAAACGAACGAAGAACAGGCGCCCGAGGCUACUCAAUCGGCCACAUUGCUUUUGAAUGAGAGUGAAAGCUGUGUCGUUAGUUCGGAGCCGGCCACAUGCGUGGAGGUGAAAUCAGUGUCUACCGGGCUGGCCGGAUUGGUCCAGUACGAUUCCGGAAGCAGCGAUGAAGAAAAUUACGAUGCAUCAAAGCGAAAGUCCUUCGAAACUGGAGAAAAAAAUGAAACCGAGCCAUUGCUUCCUUUCACUGCAGCAGUUCCCGCGUUAGCCAUUCAGCACGUAAUCGAUAGGACGGCCAUCUAUGUAGCAAAAAAUGGUUACAGCUUUGAGGAAGCACUACGGGCAAAGAAGGAUCCUCGUUUCGUGUUUCUAAACCAAGCGCAUCAGUUUUACCCGUAUUAUGCGUACUGCGUGCGGCAACGGAUGAACGCGAGUGGUGGUGGAUCUGCGUCGACGUUCCCGUCAAGCUCACCGCCUAAAGCGACGGUUGUUAGGAUGGAAACCGAAAAUGGAACCGUAGUGGAAACGACUCCAAGUUUGGGUAUUAUAACAGUCCAUACGGCAGCUCCCAAGACAGUUGCUGCUCCGGUGAGUAAGAUUCAACAUCAAAAGUUGGGAGCUCCGGUAAGCUUUUCGCUUCCUCGCAAAGCGAAGGAUGAUGCCGGAAGCAAGGUGUUGGCGAGCGAUGACGACGAAGAGGAAGCAGUGAAAGAAACCGAAUCACAGGAACACGUUAGCGACGGCCUAAAGCUUGCUCAAGCAGAAGUUGAGCUGACAAAUAAUCCACUGUGCGAGGAAGUCCCACCAACAUCUACGACAAUCGUUAACUCAAACAAGGAGGUUGUUGAUGACAUCCAAGUGGACGCAUGCACACAGGACGUGCAUGAAACGAAGGCUUCCAUCCAAACUGAGUCCAUCGGUGCAGAAGAAAAUCAAGCCACGGAACAGGAACCAAUGGUCUCUAAGGAAAAACAAGCGGAACGCAAGAAACGCGCUAGCAUGUUUGUGAAUCUUAUCAAGCACGCGGAUCAGAAGACGCCGGUCUCGGCCGCCGCAGUAGAUGCAGAGCGCACACCAGGCACGAAAUCGCCUACGCCCGAUGGUGACGUUAGCAAUGACGUGGAUGAAGGAUCGAUUCAUUCGAUACACUCAACGAGUGCAUCACCGAAGGACCAGAGAUUUAACACCAUCAUGACAACCGUAACGACGGUGAUCGACGAUGACGAUGAUGAUGUGGUGCUGGUAAGCGAAACGCGACUCGCUCCCCGACGCUCUCGUUCACGGUUGUCGCGCUCGUGUUCGCGAGGAAUCCACGUGGCCAAAGUGGAACGAUCGUGUAACAAUGAUAGGAACGGAAGCCGGCGAUCGAAGAAGAAAAAGUCCAAAAGCCGGCAUCGAUCGAGGGACGGGGGAAAUCGGGCGAAAUCGAAAAAGAAAUCGAAGAAAAAGUCACUCUCUCGUUCACGGUCUCGUGAACGAUCACGCAGCAAGCGUGAUCGAAGUCAGAGUAAGUCUCCCGGCAACAAACGACACAGUCACAGUCGUAGCCGGAAGCGGUCACGCAGCCGGAACAGCAGCCGUAAUCCUUGCGUGAAACGAUCGCGUGUGCACAGAGCGAACUCGAGCCCUUCUGCGUCUAGCGGGCACUCCAGAUCGCGAUCCCGCUCGAAAAGUAAACGAUCAGAAAAUCGACGCCCAAAGGACGAGCGAUCGAGUCGCGUAAAGAAACACAGUCAAACGAAAGAUCGAUCGAACAGUCGGGCUUCCCGCGGAAGGAGUGAUAGCGAUUCGGAUGGCCGGUACCGCAGGCGGCAGCAUGAGAAAAAGGAACGAGACAGAAAGGGCCAUGAUGACCGAUAUCCUCCUCCGUCCAGAACGAGAUACUGGGAUUGCUGAACGACCAUGAAAUCGCCACGAAUCAUAUCGACGAACAGGGAUCAGUCAUCCCGAUGGUAGAUAACGGACCGAGAGUACAAUCGAUGCACGUCGGUGCUCUGCCUGCAAAAUUGGAAUUGAUAAGAAAAAUGAACUGUUUAAUAAAAUGUAUUUUAAUG